AUGAGUCAGAAUUUUGAUACCAUAGGGAGAGUGUUUGAACAGAACUUAAAAAUGGGCCACCGUUGCUGCAGCAAACAGAAGAUAAAAAGAGGACUAUGGUCUCCUGAAGAAGAUGAGAGACUUGUCAGAUAUAUCAACACUCAUGGACAUAAAAGUUGGAGUUCUGUGCCAAAAUAUGCAGGCAAGCAUUUCCUUCUUCAUGUAUGGUUGCAGAGAUGUGGCAAGAGUUGCAGGUUGAGAUGGAUUAAUUAUCUGAGGCCGGAUCUGAAGAGGGGUUCCUUCACUGCUGAAGAAGAGCAGAUUAUAAUUGACAUACAUAGAAUUCUUGGAAACAGAUGGGCACAAAUUGCUAAGCACCUACCAGGAAGAACAGACAACGAGGUUAAGAAUUUCUGGAACUCAUGCAUAAAAAAAAAGCUCAUUUCUCAAGGGUUAGAUCCACAAACCCACAAUCUCCUAUCUUCUCAUAAAAGAAGUUUCGCAUCUACCAUCUCCAAUAUGCAUCAAAAUUCCAAUUCCAUUUGCAUCAUUAGUUCACACGUACCAAAUGCUCCAAUGGAAACUACUUUUCAAACCUUUUCUUCAUUACCUAAACCUCCACCAAGCGUUGUUCAAACUUCCUCCAGCAUUGUUACUUCUGAAUAUCAAACAUCUCCUAUUAUUUCAAAUAAAUUCUCAUCAGAUUUGCCCUACGAACUAUUAAUCGACCACGCCUCCAACAUUUGUUCACCCUCAUUUAUGAACCCUCCAGCAGUUGAAUUGCCGAACAAUGUGAACAGUGUCAAUUGGAUUUCAAGAGUUAAUGUUGAUGAUUUCAGCGCUCAAACUCUUGAAGAGGGAACACAAGUGGAGGUGCAGCAAGAGAUGAACACGACUUGUGAGGAUAAGGGAACUGAUGUGAUAGAAGCUAGCAAGGGCAAUCUUGAAAGCAGUGCUUCUUUCGAGAGUUCUAACUUUGAUUUUGGGUUGUUGGAUUGUGUACUUUCCUCCGAAUUUAUCUCUCAUGAUCUCAGUUGUAUGGAUGAACUUGCAUGGAACUUUUAG